AUGCCGUUCAAGAUACAGCACUUCCAGCGACCACCCGUAGCCAAGGCGGAGGAGCAGCAGGGGUCAAAAUUUCUGGCGAAUGACUCAAGCUUGGGCAGAGUGCCAGGUGAAGCUUCUUACCAUUUCAUCUAUCGCCAAGAGGUAGAGUCUUCUACGUCUGAAUCAGUCCCAAAAAUUCCACCCGGUGAUGACAACGUUACGCAUUUACCCUUUGUCGCAAUAAGGAAGCCGCCUGCUGAGCAUGCCGUACCGUCGAUUCCUCAAGGUCCAACUGUGGUCUCUGCAUCGUCUCGACUGGUCAAGCAUGAACAGAUGCAGUUGCUUGACGAUGCUGGUCGAACGCUGCACGAAGGCCAGCAACACUCUAGCACUCCGUCAUAUAGGCAUGACGCUAAUGGCCAUGAGGAUGAAGAGACAUCUACAGCCCAGAUGACAUCUUAUGAUGUCAAGCCUCAACGUCCUGAACACGCAAUUUUGACUGUAUCUGGCAGAGAUUUACAACAGCUUAGACACAGCACUGCCGCCAACGCCAGCCAAUUCGCUCUGGACGGACUCUCGGAAGCACGGCAUGAUCAGCGCGGCGACUACGAGGAGCGCGAUGAAGAUGUGCAGAAUGAUGAUGGGUUUGGUUUCGCUAUGCCUUGUGCUGCCGAAAAUGCACUGGAUCAGAUACCUUGUAUCACAAACGAGCAAGGCGAGCCAGUGAAUCUCUCGGAAGUCAAUGUGUGCGAAAAGCUGUUUGGACCAGAGGGUGAUCAGCUCGGGCCUACGCUUUUAUCUGAGUGGCAACAAGUUUUGCGCCAAGUGGAAGGUUCGCAGCGCGUUUGCGACAAGGUUGCAGAGGGCAGUCUUGAUCAAUCGAAGCCAUUACUCUUUACGCUGCAGGGUGAGCAGUUGAUUUCUCCACAAUCCCCUGGAUCGGAAUGUUUUGACGAAGAGGGAAAGCUCGUGGAGUUGUCGAGUGAAGAUGUACAGCGUGUCGAGCAGAAGCUUUCUGCAGGGAAGGAUACUGGCAUGCAUGGGAAUAAGCUCAUCCUGGGCAAUCACGAGCAAAUUCGUGAUCUUGAACAUGAAGCGACAGCCGGGGAGGGGCCAGAGGAUUCUGAGGUUGCAGGGAGUGCUUGA